AGAUAUACCUCGACGGGCAUCCGCCAGCCUCACACCACGCCGCGAUGGACUCCAACCGCGACGACCUCGAGUCCGGCCGCAUCGAGUACAAGACCGUCCACGACGUCUCCGACGAGAACCAGGCCCUUCUCUCCUCCGAUCUGUCUCAGAACGCCGCUCUCGACGCUGGCCUGGACCAGAAACGCGCCCGCUGCUGUGCGUCCCCCAAACCGCGCUUUAGCUUGGUCCACCUUGGCGCCUCGUUCGUCGUUGGCAUCUUCGCCACUUUCCUUGCCCAAUACCUUCUCUGCGGCUCCGCAUGCUUUCCUCGAUUCGCACCCGCUCCUUCUCCGUCGACUUCCUCCCAAGUAGACAUCCUCGCCAGCCCAGACGCUGGAUCCACGGAAGUUCACCGCUUCCCUCCCAUCAAGCCAACCAACGCGUUCCCCUCGCUCUUUCCUACAGACGUCGGUUAUCCCGGACCAACUCCAACAGGCGCCGAGCCAGCGGUGAUCGCGACCGCGCCCUCUUAUCCCGUACAUACGUCCGUCCCCCAUCUUCUCGCACCAGCCAAGCUCCAGGCGCCCGCCACGUCAAAUAAAUUCGACCUUUUCAAAUCCUGGGGUAACCUGAGUCCGUGGUAUAGCGUGCCCAAAGAUGCAUUCGGUCUAGAUUCGUCCCCCGAAGCUCCCGAAACGUGCAGGAUCACUGGCUUACACUUUCUUCAUCGUCACGGCGCGCGUUACCCUACCGGCUACGCUUCCUACGGCGGACCAGCCAAUUUCUCCAGUCGCCUUCAUGCCACUGCCUCCGGCUGGAAUACGUCGGGAGAGCUGGAAUUCCUGAAUGACUGGACAUACAAGCUGGGCGAGGAAGUGCUCACUCCGUUUGGGAGGCAGCAACUCUAUGACCUUGGCAUUGGACUUCGGAUGAAGUAUGGGUUCCUGCUCAAGAACUUCACCGAGAAGAACACCAUUCCGGUCUUCAGGACGGAGAGCCAGGACCGUAUGCUCGCUUCCGCGCUCAACUUUGCCAUCGGUUUCUUCGGUUACCCUUAUGACGGAAUGUACGAGCAGAGCAUCACCAUCGAAGAGGAUGGCUUCAACAACACGCUAGCUCCAUACAAAACCUGCCCGAAUGCCCGCGUCAAAACCAAGUCUGACCGCGGGGUGUACUAUGUCAGCAAAUGGGCGGAGAUAUACUUGAAAGACGCCAACGCGCGUCUGGCACCACUGUUCCAGGGCUACUCCCUUUCCAUCGAAGACACCUUCGUCCUCCAGCAGAUGUGUGCCUACGAGACUGUGGCAAUUGGGUACUCCAAAUUCUGCGAGCUCUUUACACAGGAGGAAUGGGAAGGUUUUGAUUACGCGUGGGAUCUGUACUUCUGGUACGACUCGGCGUUCGGCUCGCCCGUCGCGAAAGUGCAGGGCAUAGGCUACGUCCAAGAGAUGAUAGCGAGGCUGACGCAUACGCCUAUCGCUGUGCACAACUCGUCGACCAACGCGACCUUGGAUGACGACGAGCGCACUUUCCCGCUGGGUCAGUCACUCUACGUUGAUGCAACGCACGAGGUCGUGGUGCUGAACAUCUUGACGGCGCUCAAUCUGACGACCUUGGCGGCGAACGGACCGCUACCCGCGGACCACAUUCCGUCCAACCGCUCAUUCAAGGUCUCCCAUCUCGCACCCUUCGCGACAAACGUCCAGUUCCAGCUCCUCUCUUGCGACUCAGAUGCCCUCCCCGGGGAUCAAAUCCGUGUCAUCGUCAACGACGGAGUUGUUCCACUCACUGGCAUUCGCGGGUGUCCCCAACAGAAGGACGGCAUGUGCCCCGUGGACGCGUUCGUUGCUGCGCAGAAGGAGAUCAUCGCCGAGGCCGACUGGGCAUGGGGCUGCCACGGCGACUGGGAUGUGCCGGAAGGCGAGGCGUGGAAUACCACUACGGGUAGUCCGCCGCCGAAGCCGUGAUGCGCUGUGAUGUUGGUCAAACGACAUUUCGCCAUGCUGUCGGUCCUGAAGUUGGAAUAGACACGGGGAUUACACGGACAUUCAGUAGAUAAUGCAAGUAGGGCCGAUUAUUACACUAAUGAGAAAGCAAGUCGACAAAAGAGCGAGAAUGUUAGGAAGUAACGAGCAGACUGUCCGUUGUGAACGGGGUGGUAAGGCUACGUCAAGUUGUUACUGCUUCGGUCCCCUCCGGACCAUCGGAACGGCGCAAGCCAAUAUUGCCUGCUGGGGUAAGGGCCUGCUAAUGUUGUUACUGCUUCGAGCGGUCAAUUGAUGUACUGCUGAUAUGCAGGGGGUAGUUCCGAUGGCGUAACACUUCCGUCCCCCGCAGCUAAACGAAUUCCAGCGUCUCGAUGCACCGGCAGCAGCCGCGCGUCAACCGUAGGCUCUCGAGGUGGACGUUUCCUGGUACCUGUAUUUAUCAGGGGCGUGUCUGUCGCCUUCUGGGGCUCUCCGCGUGCGACGAGCUCGCGGCCGUCGGUCAUUGUUUGGCUGCGGUGCGACGAGGGUCUGGAGAACGUGGCAGCGACGGGGGACAAUGCGUUGUGGGGAUGAGGAGAAUGCUCCCUAUGUAGCACAGGGGUCGUAGGUAACAAUGGCAUCUCGGCCUGGAGGUUGACCUUGGACUUCGGAAGGGGGCCCACUCGAUCCACCCUAUUGCGACGACUCCGGCGAAGGAGGCAUAGGAAGACAAUCAAACAGGUGCCCAAUACAGCCAAUCCGGCCGCGACACCACCCGCAAUAGCUGCAGUGGCGACGUGUCCGUGCGAUGUUGACGAUACCGACGUAGAGGGCGGUGUCUGCGACGGCGUAACUGCCCCAGAAUAGGCUUCUAAUGUAGCACUUGCCAUGGAGCCUGUCGCUGACGUGCUGGCGUUCAAGACCGGAGUGUACACCAGGAAGUCAAAAACGAAAUCGGCUGUUGCGUUCAGAGUUGCAAUGACAAGACUAUGGCGACCGGGGGGGAGAGUUGGGGAACUGUAGAAGAGCUGACGCGUUUGGAAUUGGCCUGGUGGUAUGACGUCCGCCGUGUAGAUGGUAGGAGAGCCGCCAUCAAUCGAAUACGAAGCGGAGGGCACCCCAUCGACGUCGAAGGAUCCUACUGCACCGUAAACAUCCACGGCCGUUCCUUCGAACGUGUACGUCGCGGACAAACCAGCACCGAAAGCGUCGGUCCACGAGUUGUUGUAUGCGCCGAGGUCGUUGGCCACGUCGAGCUUAUGGUUCCAUGCGCCAUUAUAAUGUAUACUUGGAUCUGUAUCAUCGACGAUGAUGGCGGUGGCGUUGUAAGAAGUCAUUGGCACCAAAGGCGGGACGUCCGAGAGACUCGCUCCUCC